AUGGACGAACUGUUGGAUCUAUCUAUCGAUGCCACCAAGGAGAUGUUUGAUUCGUUGAACAACGACUUCGAUGUAAUCGAUGUAAUGGACGAAGAUGACGGUAAAUCUUCGAUUACCACCAUUGAGAUCACCAUUGUCGGAGGAGGGCCGCCUGUGGAACAAGAAGAGCCGGAUGAUUACUUCGACCAAGAUGUGGGAAUUGAUGACGAUUCAGCGAUCGCAACUUUGCCAUUCGGUUUUUCAUUUGGCGACAGGCCCGCUCUAUAUGAUGACAUCACGAUGCAACAAAAUCCGCCGUCGGACAAGCGGAAUUCGUUGAUUGUGACCGUGAGCAUAUUGUUCGUGAUUUUGAUGGCCUUCUCUGCCGCCAUCCCAUUCUUCGUCAAGUUAUUCAGGUGCAGGAAAGAACCAAAGAAUUAUGAGUAUUUGAUAGUUCACGCCAGUGAUGAGGAUCAAGUCACGGAUUUGGAGAGAGCGACGCAUGAUAAGAAAUAG